AUUCAUUUUUUAUCAUAGUCUGAUAUAAUUCAGCGAAACAUGUCUGGAAGAGGUAAAGGCGGUAAAGGGCUCGGAAAAGGAGGCGCUAAGCGUCACCGUAAAGUUCUGCGCGAUAACAUCCAGGGAAUCACCAAACCCGCCAUUCGUCGUCUGGCUCGCCGCGGCGGCGUCAAGCGCAUCUCCGGGCUGAUCUACGAGGAGACCCGCGGUGUGUUGAAGGUGUUUCUGGAGAACGUUAUCCGCGAUGCCGUCACCUACACCGAGCACGCCAAGAGAAAGACCGUCACCGCCAUGGAUGUUGUGUACGCGCUGAAACGACAGGGACGAACCCUGUACGGCUUCGGAGGAUAAACAUCUGAAACCAGGAGAAACUACAAACCCAACGGCUCUUUUAAGAGCCACA